UCCAGUUGUUCUGAACAAGGUAGCGGGCACCUGUUGUGGUGUACUCCAGAAGACCAAAACUAGAAGGAUUCAACAACACCUUGACUCUCGACACGUCAACGACUCAAUCAGCGUAUUCCUGAAGAACGAACACUGAGAUCUCGACACACCUGAACUCUGUUGAUAUGCCGCUGCUGACGUCGGUGUUGAUAUUGGUGGUGUUGGCCGCUGUCGAGGGGAAAGACUUGACACUGACCGAGGACGCUUCUGGGCAGGAAGUGGUGGAGGCUGUGAUAGACCGGAUAAGAGCUCAGUGUAUAUUCACGGAUGACCGAUUUUUACUUCGGCGUCUGGCGUUUGUGGAGAGUCAAGAUGGCGAGGCUGCCGAGACCUACAGCGACGGCUACCACGGUGGAAUAUGGAAGGUGGACUAUGACAUGUUUGCCAAUACUUCCGCCUGCGCACAACCAAUCCGGAACACCUGCGCUGUCAUCAAGUCAUCCUUUGGUUUUGACUGGACACGUGUCUGGUGGAGCGAUCUCAGGAAGCCGCUGUACUCUGGACUGGGCGCCGUUCUUUUCAUACUCUCACAAAACCUCUCGUUCCUACCCGCUGACACGGUAUCACAAGCCCAGUUCUGGUCCACAGCCUACAGAAGGGGGGCGUACAUGAACAAAUACAUCAUCGCCGCGCAGCAGAUCAGAGAAUUGGGUUGUUCCUCCGAGCUGGAUCUCGCCUUUAUCCUGGACGGGUCGGGAAGUAUUCACCAAGAUGAGUUUGAACGGGUGAAGGGCUUUGUCAUCAACAUUGCACGUGACUUCAACAUCUCUAAACAGGGCGUUCAGCUCGCCGUUGUCGAGUUCAGCAGCCAUGUUGGUGACGUUAUCCACCUGAACAGGUAUUGUUAA